CGAAAGCGUCCCGGAACACGCGUGGCUGGCCGCGCUUCCCGUACCGGCUGGUUCUCUUCCUGCUUCCGGUUCCGGGUGGCGCCGCGUCCUGAGCAGGGUCGCGGAGCGGGCAGGGAUGGGACACGGCAAUGAACACGGCCACGGCCAUGGCCACGGCAAAAUGGAGCUCCCUGACUACAGGCAGUGGAAGAUUGAGGGCACCCCGCUGGAGGAGGUCCAGAAAAGGCUGGCUAAGCGGGGUCUUAGGGAUCCGUGGGCUCGUAACGAAGCCUGGAGAUAUAUGGGUGCCUUUGCAAAACCUGUCACCCUAACAGAAGUCUUAACUAAGGGACUCAAGUGGGGAUUUGCAGCUUUUGUCAUAGCUCUUGGCGUUGAAUAUACACUGUUUCCUCCAAAGAAAAGCGGAGGCCAUCACUGAAGAUCAAAUAUGACAACUUCAUACUUACUAAUUGUAAGCUGAAAUACACACAAGCCUGUUGCUCACCCUGUACUUAUAAUAUGCCUAUUAAAGUCUAUCACAGGCAAAAACACGUUUGUUUGAUUUUAUUAUACUUUUGUGGAAGGAUGAAAGAACACAGCCGGAGCAAUUUAACUGACCUUGAUCUGGGGCAAAAGCAACACAAGAAUGCUCUUAAGUUUGCUGUACCAUCCUUUAAAGAACAAGGGAAACUAUCAGACCAGCUCUUUCAAGCCCUGCCAACGUUCUGUUAAAUGAAACUGAGAAUUGUGUUGCUUUUAAGAGAAAUUUUGUACUGUAUUUGUUACAGGUUUAGUAACUAUUUUUGUUAGUAAGUGGUAAUGUCAUUUCUUAGAUGUAUUUGUUACUAUUUGCUCUUAUGUCUCUAAAUGAAGAGCUUAAAGCUUUAAAAACUA